UCGGGGCUUGUCUCCCGGUACUCAGUCUCUUUUGUGUUCGUCCCAGUCCCUCUCCUGUCUCUUCUCCCCAGCCUUGGCGCCGGCCAUUCUUCGCGGCUUCGGCAUCUGAGACCAAGGGCCUGCCCCGCGCCCCAUGGAGGAGACCCCAGCGCCCCGCUCCGCCCCGAGACCGACCGAGGAGCCGGGGUCCGGUGCAGAGAUCAUGGAAGAAGUGACAGCAUGCUCCUUCAACCACCCUCUGUUCCAGCAGGAAGAUGAGACAGGGAUUACCUACCGGAUCCCAGCCCUGCUCUACGUCCCCCCUACCUGCACCUUCCUGGCUUUUGCAGAGAAGCGGUCCACGAGCAGGGAUGAGGAUGCUCUACACUUGGUGCUGAGGCGAGGGUUGAGGACUGGGCACUUGGUACAGUGGGGUCCCCUGAAGCCACUGAUGGAAGCCACUUUACCUGGGCAUCGGACCAUGAACCCCUGUCCUGUGUGGGAGCACAAGAGUGGUUGUGUGUUCCUGUUCUUCAUCUGUGUGUGGGACCACGUCACUGAGCGUCAACAGAUUGUGUCGGGCAGGAAUGCUGCCCGCCUCUGCUUCAUCUGUAGUCAAGAUGCUGGAUGUUCGUGGAGUGAGGUGAGGGACUUGACCGAGGAGAUCAUUGGCCCAGAGAUGAAGCACUGGGCCACGUUUGCUGUUGGCCCAGGUCAUGGCAUCCAGCUGCAGUCAGGGAGACUGGUCAUCCCUGCAUACACCUACUAUAUCCCUUAUGGGUUUUUUGGCUUACGACUGCCAUGUAAAACCAGGCCUCAUUCCCUGAUGAUCUACAGUGAUGACCUAGGGGUCACGUGGCACCAUGGCAGACUCAUUAGGCCCUUGGUGACAGUGGAGUGCCAAGUGGCAGAGGUGACCAGGAGGUCUGGUCACCCUGUGUUAUAUUGCAGUGCCCGGACACCAAACAGGUGCCGAGCAGAGGCUCUCAGCACUGACCACGGUGAAUGCUUUCAAAAUCUGGCCCUGAGUCGACAGCUUUGUGAGCCCCCACGUGGCUGCCAAGGCAGUGUGGUAAGUUUCCGGUCCCUGGAGAUGCCAGGUAGGUGCCAGGACUCUAGUGGCAAAGAUGCUCCCAUCAUUCAGCAGAGCCCUCUGCUGGACAGUUCACUGAGGCUGGAGGAGGAAGAUGGAACACUGUCGGAAUCAUGGCUCCUGUACUCACACCCGACAAAUAAGAAACGGAGGGUUGACCUAGGUAUCUACCUCAACCAGAACCCCUUGGAGGAUGCCUGCUGGUCCCGACCCUGGAUCUUGCACUGUGGGCCCUGUGGCUACUCUGAUCUGGCUGCUCUGGAGGAAGAGGGCUUGUUUGCGUGUUUGUUUGAAUGUGGGACCAAGCAGGAGUGUGAGCAGAUUUCCUUCCGCCUGUUUACAGACCAAGAGAUCCUUAGCCACAGGCAGGGAGUCUGCACCAGCUCUGGUAGAAACCUGAGCCUGUUCAAGAAUUACUAAUUGCCUAAGGACCCAACUUUCCAUAGAAGGAAAUGACAACUACGGCCAGGAUAACAGAGGUUACUGAAGUCUACAGAGAAUUCAAAAAUGGAAUAUUUUGAUCCUCCUCUAGAGAGCAAAAUGCAAAUUUUGCCACAGUGACUGCAAUGGAAAGAGCACUGCACUGGGAGUUGGAGGACCAGGAUGUGGUACUGGCUCUGCAGCUGGCUUGCUUUAGGACCUUGGACAUGUCGCCUGAACUUUGGGCCUCAAGUCUCCAUUUGUAAAAUGAGAGAAUUGGUUCUAUGAUUUCUUGCCUUCCCAUCCCUAGGAGAG